AGUCAAUCUAAUGAAGUUAAGUAAAAUGAAUGAAGAUGAAGCAGCUCUUAUAUUUGAGGAAAGGUAACCACUACAUAUUCUAUCAAGAGAAAGAAAAAACUUAUUGGAAAUUUAAUCGAACAAUAUACAAAAGUCCAAAAGUAACAGCCACAAUCUAAAUAUAACAUUCUAUCUAAACAUGAUAAAUCUAAAUUACAUGAGAAACUCAUUCCAUCACAAGAUUGUCUUGAAGGUACUUCAAAAGAAGGUCAAUUAAAAAAAAUAGUUAAGAGUUCAUUGUUAAAAGAAAUUGGCAAUAUUGAUAUUGAAAUACAAAAGAUGACCAAUGAACAUAACACCAAUAGAACUAAACCACUCUAUUUAGAAAAAUAAUAUUCUUAUUCUAAAAUUUUAACCAAAACAAUCAAUUAAACUGAAUUAUCCAAGUCUGAAUAAAAAACUUCUAUACAAAAUAGAAAUCAAAGCUAUUAUACUAAUAGAUAAAAAUCUAAUAAAAUCAAUUCUGUUGCUGAAAAUUCUUAUUCCAAACUUGCAGAAUCUAUUCGCAAUUAUUCUAAUCAAAGAAAGGUUGAUGAACCUAAAACUAACGAAUAAUCUAAACCUUAUGAUUUUCUUUAAAUUAAAAAUCAAUCUGAUAAAAAAAUUAUCAAACAAAAAACUAAAUCAGUUAACAUUGAAGCCAAUAUUACUAAAUCAAAUAAAAUGAUAUCUAGUGAACGUAAAAUACCAAAACCACCCUUAAAAUAAUUAUCUUAAAAGAGAAACUCAGAAAGUGAGAAAACCUCACCUGUUAAAACUAUUUUAAAAUAAACUUCAAAUCAUACAUAUGAUUUAAGCUCUACCAAAGCUAAUACCACAUAAUAAGUUAAAAUUUAUAUAUUAAUUCUUAGUUUUACUAAAAUAAAGACAAUAAUUUUAAUAGAAGCUAGAACAAUAGUAGAAUCGGAGAUUACAAAAUUUUAGAAGCUGUCAACAUCUAUAAAACACUAAAAUAAUUAGUAGAUUCCAAAGAGUAAAUUCAUCAAAAACAUUCUACAACUUUACUUUAACAAAAAACAUCAACUUUAUUGGUAUUUUUUAUUAAAUUAUUAUUUUAAGUCUCAUAAGAAUGUAAAAUAAUAAUCAUGA